AUGGCUACGGACGGACGUACGAAGCGUUCGCAGUCGAUAUGCGCGCCCGCCUCCGCGAGUAUGGAAGCCCUCGUGGCUCCAAUGGAGACCACGCCGGCGCCCCGCAGACGACCGGCGGCUAGGUCCCAGUCAGCGAGGAUCACUGGUGGGCGCUCUGUACGGCACAGACGCCAGCAGCAGCAGCAGCAGCAGCUCGACAGGGAGACCAGAGCUCGGUACAGCUCGGAGCCUCGGCUGGCGGAAACGGAGACGCCGCCUCAAGUCAGGCGCCAGGCGUCUGCUAGGCGCCGACCACCUCCAGGACAACACAAUCAGCCGCGACGCUCGAAUGCGUUCCUCGACGUACCCAGAGGAACUCAUCAACAGCCAGAGGAAGAACCAGAUGAAGAUUCGUACCGGCUACGCACCUUCAACAUCACGCAGAAAGGAGGAAUAGUGAAUCGUGGAGACUCGUUCCGUCGACGAAGAUCCCGCUCAGGCAGCCUAGCACCAUCGUCACCAGCACAAGCUGCCCCGGAACCGUUGGAGCGCCGGCCCGUGGCCUGCCAUCGUGUUGCGAUGGUGGGAGCUCCAGGCGUCGGGAAGACCGCCCUCAUCAGUCAGUUCCAGACCAGUGAAUGCAUUAAUGCUUACGACAGACAAAGAGACAUCGACAGUUCGGAACAAAAGGUGUCCAUCAUGCUGAACGGUGAAGAGUCAGAAUUAUACUUCGUUAACUGCACCACAACAAAGGAGGAAAUUGAAAGGUCAGAGCCACCAGAUGCCUUUGUCGUCAUCUACUCUGUAGUGGACAAGGCUUCGUUCCAAAAGGCUGAGCAGGAACUGGCCAGGUUACUUGACUGCGACAUGCUGCGAGCGAGACCGGCGUUGUUGGUGGCCAACAAAAUCGACCUGGCAAGAAGCAGGGCUGUAUCAACACAAGAUGGAAAAUGCCUGGCGUGCACAUACAAGGCGAAAUUCAUCGAAGUGUCUGUGGGAAUCAACCACAACGUAGAUGAACUACUGGUCGGAAUAUUGAAUCAGAUCAGGCUAAAACAGCAACAGUACUCCGCGGAGGGGGGGCGCGAGUCUUCACCAGCCCACUGGUACAAGUCCCGCGGGGUGGUCCGAGCUAGUAUGAAGGCUCGACAGAUGCUUACCUGGAUCUUCGGCAAGGAAGAUUCAAAAUUCAAAAACUGUGAGAACUUACACGUUCUGUGA